AUCACGUUGCCAUCUGUCACAACUGUCACAGUUGUCAAAAUAAAUCCCCCCCAGAAAAAUUUUCAAUGUUUGUGCUUUAAUCACUCAUAAUUUCCGGCUCGUGCAAAUAAAUUACGUUAAUUUAUUCAAAGCAAUUAUUUUCCAAGCAUUCAAGGUCGUUCUCUGUAUGUUUCAUGUCAGUCUGAUUUCUAUCUCCAAUGCAAGCCUCCCCAAUUUAAUAAAAUGGCAGCAGCUGAAGUCAACUGGAGGGAAGAAAUUCUGACCAAAUUACAAAAACGCAACAAGAUUCAAACCCAUUGCUUCCAGGAUCUCAUAGCACAGCAUAAUAAAAUAUUCGAUAAUGUGAAUGCUUUGAAGCACGAAAACUUGCAAUUGUCGAUACAGAAUGAGAAGUUGCGGGUGGACGGGGAUAGGUCUGGGGGCGGCGGCGAUAGCCGCCUCCAGGAAAAAAUACAAAUUUUGGAACAGAAGUUGUUAAGCCAGCAAGAGGAGCUCACCGAGUUGCAUAGACGAAAAGGGGAGAAUUCCCAACAAAUUAUCGAUCUGAACGCCAAACUUCAAGAAAAAGAGAAAUCACUAGUGGCGAGAGACAUAAGUCUUGCCGAGAGUGCAGCUAAAAUCGCGAGUCUCCAAGCCGAAAUCUCACUUUUCGACCGCAACAACAAGGAAUUAAAUCUCCUAAAUGAGGCUCUUAGGGACGAGCACCAGGCCCUUCAUCUGGCCUUCACGUGUCUUGAAGACAAGAUGCGUAAGCUUCAGGACGAAAAUAGGCAAUUACUUGACCGUUUCAUGAAAUAUAAAACGAAAGACGCCGAUAGAAUGAAUGAAGAAAACGAGAAUUUCCUCAACGAUGGCGGUAAUCACCUAGUGCGCAGCACUUUCGGCCGUUUCAGGAAAAGAUUUGCCAAGAUGCAGAAGGAGAUCGAAGAGGCGUGUAGGGACACGAGGGGGGUGUCACCGGAGGAGCUACAAGAAGGGUUUGGACCUGCUUGUCAGUCUACCAUUCCCACGAAGGCAAGCGUUAAAUUUGACGCGCACGACGGCGAAGUAAACGCCGUGAAGUGGAGUCCCGUGGACCGGCUGGUGGCCACCGGAGGCGCCGACCGAAAAGUGAAGCUUUGGGAGAUAUCCAAAGGAGCUUGCGAAAGCAAAGGCAUGCUAGUGGGCAGCAACGCUGGUGUGAUGGCCGUCGAUUUUGACUCUUCUGGUACGAUGAUUUUGGGUGCUUCGAACGAUUACGCGAGUCGAGUUUGGACAGUGGCGGAUCAACGUUUGAGGCACACGCUGACUGGACAUUCUGGCAAGGUGAUGGCGGCCAAGUUUCUCGGCGAAGCGUCCAAAGUCGUCACUGGCAGUCACGAUCGUACCCUUAAGAUAUGGGAUCUCAGAAGCAGAGCCUGUAUAGAGACUAAGUUCGCCGGUUCCAGCUGCAACGACUUGGUGAUCGUUGACAGUUCCGGUUCAACAAUAAUCAGCGGCCACUUCGAUAAAAGCAUACGUUUCUGGGACGCUCGUUCGGAAUCCAGUGCCAAUAACUUUCUGUUCAACGGCAAAGUGACAUCUUUAGAUUUAACUCGAGAUGCUAAGUAUCUGAUCUGCUGCGUGAGAGACGACACACUAAAACUACUAGAUCUGAGGAUGAACCAAGUGGUGAAGUCGUUCAGCUGUGAUGGAUUUAAAGUUGGCUGUGACUGGACGAGAGUUACUUUUAGCCCCGAUGGUCAGUACCUAGCCGUGGGGUCGGCUGAUGGCAACGUCUACAUAUGGGGUGUUAAUUCCGGAAAAGUGGAAAUGGUUUUAAAGGAGCACUCAUCUCAUGGCCUCUUCUCCAGGUCCGCCGUGACAGCUACCGGGUGGCACCCAUACGGAACAAUGCUAGCCAGCGUAGACAGAUCAAAGAAGGCUGUCAUAUGGAGCGACAUCUAACUUGUACAUAACCAUAAUUCCCAUUCUUUAAAAGGUCGGAUAAUAAAUUUAAGUUACAAAAUCUAGUCUUUAAGAUUAACAUCACGUGUUUAGGGUUCUAUGGGAAAGUGGGCAUGCCACUAAUUCUGUUGUACUACUUUUGUUGUUAUUAUUAUAAUUGUUGUCAUUUUUAUUGCGACCACGAUAUAUAUUUUGUAAAAAAUAAAAUUUUGUCUCUUGUAAUGGAAUUUGCGACUAUAAAAAUUACUUUUUUAGA